GCAAGCACACAUCAAACCCGCUCAGGAUGCCGCAAAGGGUAGGGCACGAUGCCAGAUAGAGGCUCAGCCUUGUGAGUUGGGCCUGCCGUGGCCGUUGGUCGCGUCGGUCAGAACCUGAAAACGUAGGAGUUUGCAGCCCAUUUUCGUGGCCCAAGCUUGAUGAAUGAUGAUCCUCCGAUGUGAAAGUAGCCGUGUUUUGAAUAUAUAAGAAGGCAUGGCCAGUUUCCUGAAGUUCUCGUUCCCUUUUUCUGCAUUCUAGCUACUUCAGUCUUGACUUGCAUCAUUACCGUUUUCCAUCUACUCCCUUCCAGCACACAACAACAUGGGCAGCUCGACAAAUUACACCUGCCCUACAUCCACCGUCACAGAUCCAGCGCAAUCUCCCAUUGUCGGCAGCCUGAGCUUCCACCAGCUUAUUACAAUCAUAUCAGGAGCAUGCACAGUAUUUGCUUGCGUGUUGUCGUUCUAUCUGAUAUUCCGACAUGCCACACACUACUCUUUACCUAAAGAGCAAAGACAUAUCAUUCGGAUCAUUUUCAUGAUCCCAGUCUUUGCGAUUUUAUCCUUCCUUUCUGUUAUCUGGUACGAUGGCGCGGAGUAUCUCAAGCCAAUUGAAUCUGCCUACGAAGCUUUUGCCCUUGCGUCUUUCUUCCUCCUCCUUUGCGCAUACGUUCAAGAAGACGACAAUGAACGACAAACCUUCCUUCAAACAUCAGGCACAAUGAAACAGUAUACAGCAGCGACAAUUGGGUCAUUCCAGUUCCCAGUGGUUAUGAUCGUCCUUCUCGUUGUCACCGAAAUCACGCAAGCCACCGGCUCAUACUGCGAGACAUCGAACAGCAUCCAUUUCGCCCACAUCUGGGUCACUGUGCUCUCUGCUCUGUCCACCGUAGUUGCUAUCUCCUCUGUUUUGAGAUAUUACAAAGCCCUAAAGCCUACCAUCAAACACCGAAAGCCGCUGUCCAAGCUUGUUGGUUUCAAGGCGAUUGUGUUCCUCAACUUCGUUCAAACUAUAAUAUUCUCCCUCCUUACCUCCAAUAAUGACUUGAAGCCAACGAACCACAUAACCUACAACGACCUCUCCAUUGGCUUACCCAACCUCAUUCUUUGCCUCGAAAUGGUCAUUUUCUCCAUCGCCUUCCUCUUUAUUUAUCGAACACAAGAAUACAUCUUCAAAGCUUCCGCUGAAUCCGCGGUCCCACUCGGACAUGGUGGUUACCAAGGCGGAUUCAUGGGAUUCAGAGCCUACGGACAAGCUAUCAAUUUCCUCGACAUCAUCCAAGGAAUAGUUUCCGUACCAGGCCUGCUCAUGAGCAAAAGAACUGCAAAGAAAGGAGGGAAGGCAUGGGUCACGGGUCCGCAGGUGAGUAGGGUUUAGAGAUAUCAGAACAUACAGAUGACCCCCGAGUAUCACGGUAAUACAGAGUAUGCGCCACAAGCUCACUUGCAUGAGGAGAAUCAGGGCCAUGGAUAUGGAUAUCAGGGACAACAAUAUGCUGGGAAUCAGGCGUACGAGCCGAGUAGGCCUUUGGUUCAGGGCUAUGUUGGAUGAUAUGGACACAUUGGUUGAGUUUGUCUUUUCCUCUUGGUAAAUUGUAGAUAUUGGAUAGUAUAAGCGUCUGGGGC